UAAACCCUCCUCUACUCCGCCUCUUUCAUUUGCACACUUCAUUCUCUCAUUUAAUACAGUAAACCCCAGCGAAUUUUAUCCUUCUCUCACUAAAGAUGGAGUUUUGGGGUGUUGAAAUUAAGGCUGGGGAAACUCUUAAAGUUGGACCUGAGCCGGAAUUUAUCAUUCAUCUUUCUCAGGCAGCUUUGGGGGAGUCUAAGAAAGGAAUUGAAUCCGUGCCUCUCUAUGUGAAAAUCAACGACAAGAAGAUUUUGUUGGGGACUCUUUCUCAUGAAAAAUUCCCUCAGUUGUCUCUUGAUAUAGUCUUUGAAAAGGAGGUCGAGCUCUCUCACAGCUGGAAAAAUGGGAGCGUCUACUUGAGUGGUUACCAAACUCUUACCCCUGAUGCUGGUGAUGAGGAUAUGUAUUCUGAUGAGGAGGAUUCAGAAGAUGAAGAGCCACUUCCAGUUCCAGUUGUGAAUGCUGGCAAAGUAGCACCCCAAGUAACACCGAAAGUUGGUUUAGCUGCUGCUAAGGCUAAGGGCAAGCCUGAUGUUGCCAAGCCUGAUUCUUCAAUCAAACCAAAGGCAAAGGCAGCACAACCAAUCAAAGCUGAGGAAUCUGAUGAUGAUGAUGAUGAUGAGUCUGAUGAGGACGAGGAUGGUGAAGGAGACGAAUCUUCUGGUGAUGAUGUGUCUGUUGAGGGAAUGUCUGUUGAUGAUGAUUCAGAAGAUGAAGAUGAUUCUGAAAGUGAAGAUGAGGAGACUCCAAAGAAGGCUGAUAAAGGAAAGAAGAGACAAAAUGACUCUGCUUUGAAGACCCCUGUUUCUUCAAAGAAGGCAAAAUCAGGAACUCCUCAAAAGACAGAUGAUAAGAAGAAUGUUCAUACUGCAACUCCUCAUCCAGCUAAGGGUGGUAAACCUUCUGCAAAUGGCACUGCUUCAAAAACCCAAACCCCAAAAUCUGCUGGCAAGUUUUCUUGCAACUCAUGCGACAGGUCAUUUACAUCUGAUGUCGGUCUGCAAUCUCACUCAAAAGCCAAACAUGCCGGCAAGUGAGUUUUAAAAGAGGCGCAUGGUGUUGGUAUUGUGUUACAAGAUUUUGUUAGUUAUGGCAUAGGAAAUGAGGUUUUAUGAUAGUAGCGAGUAAUUUAGUAACUGCUUUUGUCGAUGAAUUGGAAGAAGAUAUGAUUUUGAAAACCCUGUAAUUUGGUUUUGUGCUAUUUUAUUAUGUCAAUUGGUUAUGAUCUGAUGUAUUUUCUUCCAUAUUUAAAUCUAUAUUUUGAACAAA